AUGGACGGUAACGCGAGGGUCUCAUCGGACGGGCGAGAGAGAGGGAUUGCGGCUGGGGCGGAACUGUCGGCAUGCGGCGGCGAGGCGGAGAGGUGCCCGCGGUGUGGCUCCCAGAACACCAAGUUCUGCUACUACAACAACUACAACCUCGCCCAGCCCCGGCACUUCUGCAAGGCCUGCCGCCGGUACUGGACAGUCGGGGGCUCCCUCCGCAACGUUCCCGUCGGCGGCUCCACCCGCAGGGCCGCCGCCCCGCAGCAGAGCAAGGCGCAGGUUUCACCCGACCGCCCCAUUUCGUCUCCGCCUAAGUCCCUACGCCGCCGAUCCGCUACUGCUCCGGCCUCCGCCGCUUCGUCGCCCUCGUCUUCCUGCUCGACGUCCCCACCGCUCGACUCGCUGGCAUCCGUCUCGGCCCCGGCGGCGCUCUCUGUGGCCAAGUUUGAGACCGACGGAUCUGACGAGCCUGGUGGCCCCAUCGAUGCCGUCCGGUGCUUUGAGUCGGUGCUGGGGGAGCCUCUGCCGGCAGGUUUCCUUGCACUGGGGGACCCAUUUCUCGGGGGGCACGACGGGUAUGCCCUUGGCUUGGGGCUCGGCGGUGGCGGUGGCGGUGGCGCCGCCGACAUCGUUGACGAGAUGGGGUUCAGCACGGGGAAGGUGGCGUCUGCGUGGCCCUUCUUCGAGGACGAUGACGGCGCCAUCGCCGGCGGCGGCGGCGGCAACAAUGCGGGCAUGAGCGACCGCGGCGGCGGAGAGCACGACGCCUGGCGAGUCGUCGCCGGCGAGUCCGAGCUCGUGAGGGACGACGGCGGCGACUAUUGCGGGUGGCCGGAUCUCGCCGUCCCGGCGACGCGCGGGAAGAGAGUACAGUAG